GUAGCUGACGUUUAUGGAUUUUAUGGUGCUGCAUAAAGAACAAAACAAUCAAACGUGUUUCUCAAUACAAUCAACAGACCCAACAAGCAAUAUUUUGCUGCUUUAAAGCUACAUUUUUUAGGCAUACAAAUGUUUGUAUGCACGUAGGUUUGUUUUGGUGUUAUUGUUUCAUAAAUCAUAUAUAUUCGCAACACAUGAUGUCAGAUGGAUCACCGCCCCCAUCGAUUUGUUUUAUACGCGCUGCCGAAUCAUAUCCAAAAACACAAAUGGAAAAGGAAGACGCACAGCUGUUAUUACCAUUCCAAGAGCUUGCCGGCGAGUCGAUUAAGUAUCUGGGACGCACAGACGACGGUGUGCUGGCUGUAUCCAAUUAUCGCAUAUUUCUGUCAAAACAGACAACAUCGUCCACGUUUGGGACAAGUGUGCCACUGGGCCUGAUUGAGUCGGUGCAAACGCGCGAUCUCUUCCAGCUGGUCGUUAACUGCAAAGAUGCCAGCACAGUGCGGUGCUCGUUUUCAUCAGCUGAACAGUGCUUGGACUGGCAACGUCGCAUACAGCUCUUAAUUGGUGUACCUGAAACGCUGGAAACACUCUUCGCCUUUCCGUUCUAUUCGUGGACUUGCGAUACGCUUGCUCACAAGGAACGCAACGUCAAUGGGCUAAGCAAUGGCAACAGCACCAGCAACAGUAUGGCAGCUCCGAAAUCGGUAGAGUCAUCACCGCCUCUAGCGCUGGGCGAGCAUUCGCAGCGCUUGCAGCGCUCUGUACGCUAUGAAAGCGAUUUUAAAAACGAGGUCAUGCGUCUAGGCUUCGAUUUGAAGGGCUCGUGGCGCAUUUCCACAGCCAAUAUGGACUUUAAACUGUGUCCAUCGUAUCCGCAAAAGUUGCUUGUUCCUUGCUGCAUCACAGAUGAAAUGCUGCACAAUAUUGCUAACUUUCGUGGCUCAAGGCGAUUGCCUGCCGUUGUCUGGCGUCAUCAAAAAUCUGGAGCUAUUUUAGCACGCUGCAGUCAGCCCGAAGUGGGUUGGCUUGGCUGGCGUAACUACAAGGAUGAGCAACUACUCAAGGCCUUGGCCGAUGCCUGUGCUUUUGAUCGCGGAGAACAUGCAAGGCGGCUGGCCAGGGAGAGCAAUGGUGAAACUCAGGGCUCCUCAGGCAACAGCUCGCCAUCAUUGGAGAAUUCAUCACAUGAAGAGCUAGCCUUAGAUGAAAUCAGAAAAAUUCUCAUUGUGGAUGCGCGCAGUUAUACCUCAGCGGUCACCAAUCGAGCACGCGGCGGUGGCUGUGAAUGCAUUGAAUAUUAUCCCUGCGCCGAAAUAGAGUUUAUGAACUUGGGUAAUAUACAUGCCAUACGCAAAAGCUUUCAUUCUGUAAGACAACUGUGUGCCUCCUCGCCCGAUGAUCCCAAUUGGUUUGGACAAUUGGAGAAAACUAUGUGGAUGCAGCAUUUAUCGGGCUUAUUAGGCGCCGCCAUGACCGUUGUGCAUACAAUUGAGAAUAAUGGACGUCCUGUGUUAGUGCAUUGCUCUGACGGCUGGGAUCGCACGCCACAGAUUGUGGCAACAGCACAGAUUUGUUUGGAUCCCUAUUAUCGAACCGUUGAAGGAUUUCGCGUGUUAGUUGAACGCGAAUGGUUGAACUAUGGUCACAAGUUUGCAGACCGCUCUGGCAAUGGACCCAACUCUGAUGAGGUUAACGAGCGUUGUCCAGUUUUUCUGCAGUGGCUUGAUUUGGUACAUCAAAUACAUAAGCAAUAUCCUUGCAGCUUUGAGUUCAGUUUAGGUUACUUGAUUAAACUAGCUCAACAUUCGCUGUCGUGCUUAUUUGGCACAUUUCUGUGCAAUUCGCUUAAGGAACGCAUCGAGAACUCUGUAUUUGAUCGUACAUUCUCAGUUUGGCCAUUUUUAGCGGAAACAAUGUAUAGGAAUCCAUUAUAUAAACAUGAGACUGAAAAGGUACUUUGGCCGUCGCACAGCGUGCGAUUUUUACAUUUUUGGUCCGAUGUAUAUCUUGGUAGCUUAGGCAAUAAAAACGGUAACGAUCUUCCUCAACAAAGCAAUAAUGAUCGUCAAGGUGCUCAGAAUGGUACAACGGUUAAGACGCGUUCAACUGAGAACAUCACAACGAACGAGUUGACACAGAGCACAAUUUCAAGAAGAUCAAGUGAUCCCAACUUGGGAGCUGAAUUAAUCGAUGGCCUUACAUUAAAUUUGAACAGGAAUUCCAUGUUUGAUAUACGCAGCGAUGUGAAAUCCGAUUUGGAUACAGAGGAUAAAUGCAAUAGCAUAGGAACCAGGACCACAAAGGGCGAACAGGAGGAGGAGGAACAGUCGGAAUUGGAGACAGAUGCGGAUGCACAGAUAAAUGGUUCGAGCAGCCUAUUAACUGAUAUAAAUAAUGACCAAAGCUCUACUGCAAAUCAAUGUGAUACAUCGGAUGAUGGAAAUGCAUCCCUAAAUGGCAUACAACAAAUGGAUGUCGCGUCCAAUUCGCCUUUUGAUUACCAUACUAUGGAUCAUGUGGAUGCGGCAAGUGAACAUACAGCUGCAGCUGCUGUGUGUGGGCAACGUAGUGAUAAUGGCCAUAGCUUGUGGCAUAGCCAAGGACAAAUUGAUACCAGCACGGAUACAUUAAUAGCAACAACUGAAAUAACAACAGCUCCAACAACAUCAACAUCAACAACAACAAAUGGCAUUUCGAAAGACAAGAGUGUUGUGUCCUUGGGCAAAAAGACAGCAGUGGUGCAUACAAACAAAAUUAGUCAAAGCUAUAACAAUUUAGCGCGUGUGCAUGUCAAGCCACAUCAAUCGCGUUAUUUUCAACAGAGUGCAAGCAGUCUGGAGCACUUGGAUCUGCAGUUGCCACCCAAUGACAAACCGUUGGUAAAUCCUAAAGAUUUACAUGGUAUUGUCAGCGCAGUUACCGAGCAAUUGGAUGGACUGUCAAUGAUAGCGGACGCGCCACAAGUUAACGACAUAACGCGCCGCAAUAUGCUCUGGUCCAACUUCAAUCGUGAGCAACAAAAGCAAACAAAAUAUGCCGACCAAUUGAGCGCAUUGCCUUCAUUGCCGCCGACACCGUUGGGCAUGCAGGAACGUACACAGUUGAACAUAUCGUGUCCAGAUGGCUUGGCGCAUGGCCUCAGUGAACAAAAUAUAAGACUACAUCAGCUAGUACAAGAGCAAAAGCAACGUGAGGAAAUGUUAUUGCGUGAAAUUCAUGGCAUGCGUUUGGCAUUGCUUCAAAAAGGCUGCCCCAGCUGCAACAGCGUUGUAUCCACCAAUGUGGAGCAUGAAUAUGGAUCGGAUAUUGUUGAAAAUGCUUCGACAUGUUCUUGGGAAGCUGUCGAAGAGCGCAGUGGGCCCUCAUCAUUUGCCACGCCUACCAUAUAUGAGAAGAAGGCAUCUAGUGUGCUCUGGGUACCCGAUCAUGCCGUUUCACGUUGCUCUCAUUGUCAAAUUGAGUUCUGGCUGGGACGAAGAAAACAUCAUUGUCGAUCAUGUGGCGAAAUUUUCUGUGCUGACUGCUCAGAAUUUUGGGCGCCGCUGCCUUUUGAAAAGCUUUUCAAUCCAGUUCGUCUAUGUGGAUCUUGUUAUACAAAUGUUACAACUCAAGUACAUGAAUGUCGCGUUCCUUCUUCAAACCCUAUUGCUAUAGAAGCGGCAAAGCCUUCGGCAAGAAGCUCUCAAGAGUAGUUUAACCAUUAGUACGCAUAGGGGAUUAUUACGACAAAAACAAACAAAAACAAAAAGUAAAUAAAACAAAAAGAAAUAUGUUGAAAUCUAUAUGUAAAUAAUUAUACUCAGAAAAUGAAAUAUUUAUUGCAUAUGUUAUCACGAUUAUAGCUGGGCGACAAAAAAUGAAUUACCUUUUAUGUGUGUGUCUCUAGAGCCGCACGGAAAUUAUACAAAUUUUGUUAGAAAUAUU